AUGGCGCGCAGCAGCACGACGCGGGGCGACGCGGCCGAGGUGGACGAGCGCUUCCCCGCCUGCAUCCGCGACGCCGUCUCGCAGGUGCUCAAGGGCUACGACUGGAGCCUCGUGCCCAUGCCCGUGCGCGGCAACGGCGCGCUCAAGGCCAAGCCGCACGUCAAGCGGCCCAUGAACGCCUUCAUGGUGUGGGCGCAGGCYGCCCGCAGGAAGCUCGCCGACCAGUACCCGCAUCUGCACAACGCCGAGCUCAGCAAGACCCUGGGCAAGCUGUGGCGUUUAUUAAGCGAAAAUGAGAAACGUCCCUUUGUGGAAGAAGCGGAGCGSCUCAGGGUGCAGCACAAGAAGGAUCACCCGGAUUACAAAUACCAGCCGCGGCGGAGGAAAAGCGUGAAAGCCGGGCAGAGCGACUCGGACUCGGGGGCCGAGCUGAGCCACCACGCGGGCACRCAGAUCUACAAGGCGGACGGCGGCCUCGGCGGCCUGGCCGACUCGCACCACCACGGCGAUCACGCAGGCCAGCCCCACGGGCCGCCCACGCCGCCCACCACCCCCAAGACGGACCUGCACCACGGCGGCAAGCAGGAGCUGAAGCACGAGGGCCGCCGCCUCGUGGAGAGCGGCCGCCAGAACAUCGACUUCAGCAACGUGGACAUCUCGGAGCUCAGCUCCGAGGUCAUCAACAACAUGGAGACCUUCGACGUGCACGAGUUCGACCAGUACCUGCCGCUCAACGGCCACGCCGCCAUGCCGGCCGAGCACGGCGGCGCUGCCGGCGCCUCCUACGGCGCCUCCUACUCGGCGCCGGGCGGCGGCGCGGCCCCGGUGUGGACUCACAAGAGCUCGGCGUCCUCCGCGUCGCCGCCGGCGGCCGAGGCGGCCCAGCAGCGGCCGCACAUCAAGACGGAGCAGCUGAGCCCCAGCCACUACAGCGAGCAGUCGCACGGCUCCCCGGCGCACUCCGACUACGGCUCCUACAGCGCGCCGGCCUGCGUGGCCACCACGGCCAGCGGCGCCACGGCCGCCGCYGCCUCCUUCUCCAGCUCGCAGUGCGACUACACGGACCUGCAGAGCUCCAACUACUACAACCCCUACCCCGGCUACGCCUCCAGCCUCUACCAGUACCCCUAUUUCCACUCGUCGCGGCGCCCCUACGCGACGCCCAUCCUCAACGGGCUCUCCAUCCCGCCGUCCCACAGCCCCACCACCAACUGGGAGCAGCCCGUCUACACGACGCUCACGAGGCCCUAGGGGACACGGGGGGCUUGGCCGGGCUCCCCCCCGCAAUGUGCACUAAUGAAGGAAUGGUGAGGAUGAGGAGGAAGGCGGCCGGCGGCCGGCUUCGCUUCCGAAGUGCCUCCUGAGCCACUGGGAACUCUGCUCGCCGCGGCUGGACGUCCCCUUGCUUUGAGAUUCUCCAAAAGGACAGAGCUCUAUUUUUUUUUCCCUCCUCUUUAAUUAAUAAAAUUUACAGAUAAUUAAAAAGGACUAGUAAUUCCUUUUGAAUAAAUGAAGGACAAACCCAUUUGACUCCUCUGUGAGGACUGGACUGGGCUUAAUCCGUCUUGAAAGUCGACAAGUGCAAAAACGGAGGGAGGGGAAGCAUUAAAAAGAAAAAAAAAUACAAAAAMACCACAAACCAAGCCGUAGGAGACUUUAAGGGUCUGUUGCAAUGUGAGGAAUGGACCAACCUUGAGGGCAAGAACUCACUGGGACCAACCUGUCGGAGAAAGGAAAAUCCAGCUAUUCCAUGCAACCAUCUUGUGGGAACAAACAUGUCUGGUGGGACCAAGCAAUUAAAUGUCUGAAGUGUUCGUUGUUUCGUUUUUUUUCU